UCUCUCCCUCUCCCUCUGUGUGAGCGUGCGAGCGAAGACGGUUCUCUCUCUCUCUUCUCUGUCUCGAAAGAGAAAAUAAAAAAGAUACUAAAAAAGGGUACGUUCGAUCCAUUUUUAUUUGUUCGUACAGAGAGAAGCCACUCUUUUCUACUUCAUUUGUUCAACAAGUUUCUCCUUCUAUGCGGCGGCCACUUCACUCUCUCUGUUUAGUUCUUGUAUAUAUGUAUGUAUGUUUUUCUCUGAAACUAAAAUCUAAAUGUGGACCAGAGUGAAAUAAGAAGAAAAAAUGGAGGUGGGUUUUUUUUUUUUUAUAAAAAAUAAGGUAAAGAGGUGAUUUUUGUGGGGCUUUGGGCAUGCUUAGGAAUGCUGUGGAUUGACUGAAUUUUGGGGAUUUUUUCCGUUGUUUUGUAACCCGGUAAUCUCGGGUGGCUUUGAAGGAGAUGGGGAGUUCUGGUGAGUCUGUUGUCAAAGCUAUUGAUGCGUCGGUUGGGGGGCUGGUGUGGGUCCGUAGGCGAAAUGGGUCGUGGUGGCCUGGUCGGAUUUUGGGCUCAGAUGAGUUACCUCAGAGUUGCUCUGUUUCACCAAGAUUAGGGACUCCCGUUAAGCUACUUGGAAGAGAGGAUGCAAGUGUGGACUGGUACAAUCUUGAAAAAUCUAAGCGGGUGAAAGCCUUCCGUUGUGGGGAAUAUGAUGAAUGUAUUGAGAAAGCUAAGGCUGCUGCUUCUAACUCCUCAAAAAAGGCUGUCAAAUAUGCUCGAAGAGAGGAUGCCAUUAUUCAUGCUCUAGAGAUUGAAAGUGCUCGUCUCGGGAAAGACCAUCCAGAUUUUUUCUCAAGAAUAGAUAAAGAAGGUGGAGAGCAUCAUACCAUGGAAGAAUCACAUACUUCUUCUAAUCCUCUUGAAGAUGGUAAAGAGUUAGAUGAGGAACUGAAUAGUUCCGAAAAUAAUUCCAAUUCUGCUCAAGAAUUGUCUCAAUCUGGUGUAUCAUUUGAGGCACCAAAUCUUACAAUUGCGUCUGAGGAGCAACCUGUGUGUGGGACACGGAGGAGAACACCAAACGACUCAGAGGAUGAUGGAACCGAGGGAAGUAAACGCAUGAAAGGACUUGAUGACCUGGGAAUGGGUGUCGUGUCAUCUCUGAAAAGGAAGCGAUCUCAGGUGGCACAUGUUCAUGAUUUCUUAAAGAAGAAGAACCGUCGCCGUCCCUUGACAAAGGUUUUGGAGAGUACAGCAAUGGUGUCUGUUCCUAUCACGUGUGAACAACUUCCCAGUCCAACUGGCUCUACUCUUGCAGGGGUAUCUGAAAGCAAAGUUUUUGCGUUACAAUCUAACGAGUCUGGGAAUUUUUUUCCUACAGUACUAAAUAAUGACACAGAUAUUAUCUCAGAGAAUGGGAAGCCAUUGGAUGCAUUUGGCCACCCUCGUGAUUCUUCCCUUGUUAAGCAUGAACAGAAAGAGAAUGGAAUUUCCAGUAUUUCGGGGUUGCCUGAGAGUGGUUCUUCUGACAGGUUGUUUGAUGUGCCCUUAGUUGCAGAAGAGAAGCAAUCUGCAGGCUUGUCUCCUAUAGUAUCUCAGAAAGCUCAAGGUGGUGUAGGGGCACAGUCUAGCCAGAGCAGCCAAGUUGAAGCUAUGUCGUUUGGAAGUGAGGAGCUUAAUGACUCUGGCUCCACUAGUUCUGGUAGUGAAGAUUUUCAUUGUUUCAGCCAGGGGAUGGUGAAAGGAACUUCAAAAUGGCAGUUGAAAGGAAAGAGGAAUUUGAGGCACACAUGUCGGAAAGUAGACAACUAUCGUUCGAAGUCAAGACCAGUUACGGAAAUUCAAGUGGAUGAGUUGCGAGGUUGGAGCAGGAAUGUUUCUCUUAGAGAAGCUCAAAUGAAGGGGCCAACUGCAGACCUGCUUACUCCACAGAGGUUGCUACCCUAUCGUCAGUCUAGAUUUACAGUUAACCCCAAAUAUGAGUCAUCAGAUUUCUCUCUUAGGCACCACAUUGCUGAUUCUUCAUUGUAUGAUGUUAAUCUUGAGGUCAAAGCCAGCUAUCGUCCACAGCAUGUUCCAUAUAUCUCCUUAAUGAGCAAAUUGAAUGGUCAGCCUAUCAUAGGUCACCCCCUCACAGUUGAAGUCUUGGAUGAUGGCUUUUGUGAUAAUCUGCUAGUCAGUGGAUCCGAGUACUAUAGUAGCAGCUAUGACUUAGAUGAGGAUCAUGGUGAGAACAGCUCAGUUUUGCAUAGUGCGGAUAUUGUUUAUGAAUCCAAGCCGAGUUCUGCGGGCAGGACUUCGACUAAGCAUCGCAUGGUGAAACCUCGUAGUUCACCAACAAAGUCACCCAAGACACGGAAAAAUGGCCUCCUUUCAAAGAAGAUUAGAAAAUUGUCUUCUUUAACCGGUUCUCACCAGCAAAAUAGAGAGAAGAAACCUGUAGUAGAGAAGGUUAAAGGACCUGCGGUAGCUUGUGUCCCCUUGAAAAUAGUGUUCAGUAGGAUAAGUGAAGCAUUAAAUAACUCAAUACGACCUGCCCACCGUUCUCUUGUACCAAGCAUUGGUUGAAUAAUGUUCCAUUGAUCAGAAUGAUCAGAGUUAGUGAACUAUGAGAGAAUUUGUUUAGGAAUUCUGAUUUGUAGCAGCCCAGUCUGGAUUCCGGAGUUGAAUCAUUUCUGUACAAUAACAGGGUGUGAUCACUGGCAUUGAGAAACUUUGCUGAUCGGCUGCUUUGUUGGUGUAUAUAAUGUAACAUUAGCUGAGGUGUAAAGAUGGUAUUCUGAUAUUAGGAUUGGUUCAAUUCUUCUAACUUUGAUUUUAGAGGAUUGAUUCCUUGGAAGUUUUUAAAUAUUUAUGGUACGGGUUGCACUGACUAGUCAGUGCAUUUUACAA